AUGACCCACGCCUGCAUGGAGGUGCAGCUGGGCCAGAAGCGGUUCAUGUUCGACCCAUGGUUGAUAGGUCCUGCAUUCGCCCGAGGUUGGUGGCUUGUCCAUGAGCCUCCAACAGACUGCCUGGACCGGAUGUGUACAGCUGAUUUCAUCUACAUCAGCCACAUGCACUCAGACUACCUUAGUUAUCCCACACUGAAGGUCCUCUCAGACAGGAGGCCAGAUGCCCCCAUUUUUGUCAGUGACACAUCAAGACCUGUCUUUUGGGCUUCGGAGCAAAGCCAAGUCAAGCAAACCAACAUCAACGUCGUCCCUUUUGGAGUCUGGCAAAACCUUGACGAGCACCUGAGAUUUAUGAUCCUGAUGGACGGCGUGCAUCCUGAAAUGGACACCUGCAUCAUUCUGGAAUAUAAAGGUCACAUGAUCCUGAACACCGUUGACUGCACCAGGCCAAACGGGGGCAGGCUACCAGAGAAAGUGGAUCUAAUGAUGAGUGACUUUGCCGGGGGGGCGUCUGGAUUCCCCAUGACCUUCUGUGGCGGGAAAUACAACGACUCCUGGAAAGCAGGGUUCAUCAAGAAUGAAAGGAAUAAGCUUCUCAAUUACAAAGCUCAGCUGGUGAAGUCCUUGGAGCCCAGGAUCUACUGCCCGUUUGCUGGCUACUUUGUGGAGGCUCAUCCAUCAGACCGGUACAUCAAAGAUACCAAUGUAAAAAACAAGGCAGAGGAUCUAAACGCGCUCAUCAAUAAGACCGCACCAGACAUCAAGACAUGGACGCCCAAGCCAGGCGCUGUGCUGGACCUCAGCCUUGCUCUCAAGGAUCCCACCAACAGUGCGGCCAUCACCAAUCCCCCAGCCAAUGCAAAAAUCUACAAGGACAGCUGGGACUUUGACUUGUAUGUGGAUGAACUGAACAGUGCCAUUGACAGUGAGAUAUUUAGACAUCGACGCUGGAUCCAGUUUUAUUACACCUGGGCAGGCUUUCAAAACUACAACCUUGUUGUGCGGGUCAUUACCACUCAGUAA